AUGCAUCGUACGGGUAGUGUACAGUCAAGUGCUGAUAUAAAUACCCAUGGAUUUUACCAGAUGAACCAGGCACAACCGUCAGCACCUUUAAUUAGCAAUGGGGCCUUUCUUUUUGCUCUUGGCGUGUCAUCAUAUUAUUUCUAUGCCUCUGGAAUCAAGGACAGGCUCCUUUGUAUUCUCAUCAAAAAAACAGUUAGAUCUUUGAUAGCUCUUUUUUCUGUUGUACUGGCUCUCCUUAAUACAUCUGGGCUCUCCGAAGAAGAACAGGAAGUCAUACAUUUCUUUUCAAUUAUUCCGAUUACAGUUGCCACAUUUACUAUGUUGGAGCCAUAUCCAAAUGCACUACGUGAAAGCGAGAAAAUAUUUCUGCAAAAUCAGACAUCUUUGCUUGCAUCCAAUUCGCCAUGCGAUAUGAGGCAGCUUCGUCAUGAACGGAGACGAAAGCUUUUGGAGUCUGGUGAGCCUCUGAUGAAGGUGCUAUCUGAAAAUAAUGGGUUUAGCCCGCCUCAAGUUAUUUCAGGAAGUACCGAUGUAUGCGUCGCAAAUGCUAUCGCUUCAACCAGCUUUAGCUUUGACCGUGCAGAAUUGGUUUCUUCCAUUUUGCUCUUUUUUGAAAUUUUGCUUUUCUUUCCUGAUGCCACUUUAUUCGUUUUCCUGUUGUGUCCUUCUUUAAUUAAAAGUCGCCAAGAUCCAUUUUACCCAAGUAAUUUUAGCUCUGAUAAACCUAUGAAAGAAGGUAGCUCAGCUUACAAGAAAGAGACUUUGAUUCUGGAUCGCAUAAUCACUCCCAAUUUAUCCAGACCCAUGUCACAUUCUUCUUUUUCACGAGGACCUGCUUCUGAAGAAGCCUCUUUUUCUAGAAAAUAUGCACCAUUGCCGCCUCAGUCUCAAUUUACAGUACAAUCCUCUCCCCAACUAUCUCCGCGAUCAAAGCCUUCCUCGCGAAUGCAAUUGCUAAAUGGUAAUUUUACAGAAGACUUUAAAAACAACUCUGUCUCUUUGAAUGUGGGCAAUGAAAGUAUGAAAGCCAUUAUUGAAUUGCCCAAUAAGGCUAAUGAAUCUCAUUUUCCAAAUGCGACAAUCAAAGAUUUUGAUGUUGAAUCCACUUUAGCUAAAAUUAAAAACCACGAGAUCCGAUUUCGCUCCAUGUGCAACCAUUUUUCCGCAAACAAAAGCCUUGGUAAUGAUGAGAUGAAAUUUUUGUACGACUUUCUGAUUUUAGUUGCCAAUGAUAGUAAGGUGUCAAACUUGAAUGUUACCGAUCAUCGAGUUAAUAGUACCGAUCGUCCAGUUAACUCCAUAUAUCGUCCGACUAGUUCUAUGCAUCAUCUGGCUAAUGCCACCGAUCGUCCAGUUAAUGCGACCGAUCAUCUGGCUAAGGCUGCCUAUCGUCCAGCUAA